AAAUUCAAUUAUUCCAUCCAGAAAUAAAGUUGGCAGGCACUGCGAAUUUCUGAGAGUUGCGAAACGAGGAGAGAGAGAGAGCAGAGAGAGAGAGUCAUGGAAGGCUGGCAUCCCCAAAAUCUAAUUCUGCCGAAAGUGGGUAAGCUAUGCCGGCAGCAGGCAGAGUAUCUGGACCAGCAUUUCAAGACCCAAAAAGAUGUUUCUUCAUCUUCUUCUUGUCUGUUGUCGGAAUGGACCAAGCACUGCACUGAUUCCGACGCUUGUCUGCUACACCUGCGCACCACUCUCAUGGAACGCGCCCUUUCAUGGAUCUCUCGUUCUUUUCGAGCCAAAGCUUGCCUCGGCAAUCUCAAUCUCACUCUCUAUGCUUCCUCUCCCUAUGGGACUGCUUCUCAUACGAUGCAGACGAUUUUCGGUGAAGAACUGCCGCAGCUCACCCUUCAACUGCGCCGAAUUCACAACAUCCUCCAAUAUCUUGAAACCGCUCUUCGCUUAGAAGCUUUGGUAGGAGAUCUUGAAGAUGCAGUUUUCUGUUCUGGAAUUCACAGUAUAGGGAAGAUGUUCACAAAGCUUUCAACUUCACUGUCUUCAAAAGACUUUGGACUAAAGCAAGAAAGAUUACUUCAAGCCAUAAAAGCCAUGAAUGAUAUUGAGGAUAUAGUUAUCAAUGUUGAGAAAUCCCAUCAACAAUGUCACCAACUUUUACAAUCAGUUGAUCAUAGAGUAGAUAAAACUUUGUCUGUUCUUCGACCAGAAGCUCUUGCAGAACAUCGUGCCCUUCUUGCUUCUUUAGGCUGGCCUCCAAAAUUUCUGACGUCAAAAGUUGAGGGUGGAGGGCUUUCCAAGCUCCCAAACCCACUAGUUCUAAUGCAUAGAGAUGAAAAGAAGUCUUAUGCUCAAAGUUUUCAAGGGCUUUGUGCUCUGCAGCAACUGCAGACACGUAGAGAAGCACGAAAGUUUGAAACUUUAGAUCAAAAGGAGUGUGGCUUACAGCUUUGGGCUAUUGAUGAACUAGUGUCUCCUAUCGCAGAAAGAAUGGAAUAUCACUUCUUGAAAUGGGCUGAGCAGCCUGAGUUUAUUUUUGCUCUUGUAUUUAAAAUUACUAGGGACUUUAUAGUGGGAGUAAGUGAUCUUUUGCAGCCUAUGAUUGAUGCAGCCAGAUUGUCGAGCUAUAGUGCCAACGAGGCUUGGGUUUCUGCAAUGGUCCAUAUGCUUUCCGGGUUUUUAGGAAAAAAAGUUUUUCCUGCCUUGGCUGAAAGAUAUAAGGAGAAAGACAUGAAAUUGGAAGUUAUUUCAUUGUGGCUUCAUCUAGUUGACCUUAUUGUUGGUUUCAAUAAACAGAUGCAGUCACUGGUAAGGUCUGAAACUUGUCUGUUGUUGCCAGAUGCUGAAAGGUAUGUUGGGCUUUCAAGAGGGAUAUCAGUAUUAAUACUAUUUUGUGAUAGACCUGAUUGGCUAAAGGUUUGGGCUAAGAUGGAGCUCAAGGAUGGCUGGAAGAAACUAAAAGCAGUGCUGAAAGAUGGAAGAGCUUGGCUAAUUGAUGACAAACAUAGAGUUGACUUUAAUGUUAGUACAGUAUAUAAAAAUUUUUUGCUCUCUUCCAGAGAGGACCAUAAAGCUCCAUUGGUUGCGGAGUCUGCACUUAAAAUUGCACAGGAAAUGAUUGAUCGAUGCCAAAAUUUGCCUGCCAUUUUGGCACGUGUCAAAUUUGUUCGAUCAACUGUGGCUAGAUUCUUCUUGUACUUUUCUAAUGUAUUGCUUCUGCAUUGCAAGAAUGCUGAAUUUUCUCCUGAAAAUCCUGAUGAUGGGGCCUUGGUCAGAGCAUGUGAAUCAAUUAAUGCUGCUAGAUAUGUUGAGUCUAAGCUGCAAGAAUGGAGUGAUGAUGUAAGUUUUUUAGAGAUGAAGAUUGCUGAAAAUGAUUCUAACAUCCAGAAAAAAGACAAAGUUGUUGAUGAUGGUUGUUUCUUUGAAGAGGAAAUAAAAUUCUUGGCUGAGCUAGAGACUAACUGCCUUAUGGAAAUCAUAUCUGUUCUACUUCGUCAGUUUGAAAAUCUAACUUUGGAAUACAACCAUAAUGAGGACUACAUUGAUGAAGAUCACAAUUUGACUCCAAAUAGAGAUUCAGCAGCUACCGCAUUGGCUGUGUCCAGUGGUUUUAUUGAAGCUUUGGGUACUUUAAGGAAUCAGCUUCAUGUUGUUAAGAUUAAUCUCAAUCCAAAAGACUUCUUGGACUUGUGGCGAAGCGUGGCAGAUGGGCUAGAUCAUUUUAUUUCUGGUAGCUUUUUUGCAGGUGAUGUUCAGUUUUCAGGGAAGCAAACCAAUCAGUUUGGAACUAAUAUGCAAGCAUUGUUCCUUGUGUUCCAACCAAUUUGUGCUCGCCCUCAAGCAUUUUUCCCUUGUAUUAGAGAUAUCCUAAAGCUGUUAACAAUCAGUAAGGAAGAGGUAAAGCAGUUGCUAGCAGCUUUAUCGAGUAAGAAAAGUGAAAAAUGCAUGCAAUUUUGUGGAAUUUCCCACUUAUCUUUUGAUCAAGUUGAUAAAAUUUUAAGGAAUAUGAAGUCUUGAGCUUGUUCUUAUCG